GGUAGAGCAGCAGCACCUGUUGAUCCCAGGCGGGCUGGGGCUCCAGGUAGCGCAACCGGUGCUUCCUCCCUCCCUUCCUUCCGGCUGCUUCGGGGAGGAGUCAGGCGGAAGAGAGGGGAGAGCAGCGGCGGCAGCAGCCGCGGAGGUGGCAGGGAAGGACCGACUGGCCUUCAGAGCCGCCCCCCCCAGCCCCCCAGCAUGAAAUCGGAGAGUGAGGAGAGCAGGCCGGUCCUCCUGCGGGAAGAGGUCAGCCAGCUGCAGGAGGAGAUCCACUUGCUCCGUCAAAUGAAGGACAUGCUGACCAAGGACCUGGAGGAGGCGCACGGGGGCAAGGCCUCCGAGAUCCUGCCCGCCACGGAGCUCAAGGUGCAGCUGGCCCAGAAGGAGCAGGAGCUGGCCAGGGCCAAGGAGGCCCUCCAGGCCAUGAAGGCCGACCGGAAGCGCCUGAAGGGCGAGAAGAGCGACCUGGUCAGCCAGAUGCAGCAGCUCUACAGCACCCUGGAAAGCCGCGAGGAGCAGCUGAGGGACUUUAUCCGCAACUACGAGCAGCACCGGAAGGAGAGUGAGGACGCGGUGAAGGCCCUGGCCAAGGAGAAGGACCUGCUGGAGCGGGAGAAGUGGGAGCUGAGGCGGCAGGCCAAGGAGGCCACGGACCACGCCAGCGCCCUCCACUCGCAGCUGGACCUGAAGGACAACCGCAUGAAGGAGCUGGAGGCGGAGCUGGCCAUGGCCAAGCAGUCGUUGGCCACCCUGACCAAGGACGUCCCCAAGCGGCACUCGCUGGCUAUGCCGGGCGAGACGUUGCUCAACGGGAACCAGGAGUGGGUGAUGCAGGCGGACCUGCCCCUCACGGCCGCCAUCCGGCAGAGCCAACAGACCCUCUACCACGCCCACCCACAGCACACGGUGGACCGGCAAGGGGUCCGGGUCAGCCCAUGCCACUCGCGGCAGCCGUCCAUCAUCUCCGAUGCUUCGGCAGCCGAAGGGGACCGGUCGUCCACGCCGAGUGACAUCAACUCGCCUCGGCACCGAACUCAUUCCCUCUGCAAUGGAGAUAGUCCUGGACCGGUACAGAAAAAUCUGCACAACCCAAUUGUCCAGUCUCUAGAGGACCUGGAAGACCAGAAGCGGAAGAAGAAGAAGGAGAAGAUGGGCUUCGGCUCCAUCUCGCGGGUCUUCGCCCGAGGGAAGCAGCGCAAGUCCCUGGACCCCGGCGUCUUCGACGGGGCGGCCCCCGACUACUACAUAGAGGAAGAUGCAGACUGGUGACCGGCCGCCCCCCCUCCCGCUCCCGGUGCGCGUCUGCUGCGUCGUUUCAGAAGAUGGAGCCCGGCUGUGCUUUCCUGCCCCUUCACGGCUUCCUUUGAGGAUCUGGUAGCCCUCCGGACAGGCUGCUUGGGAAAGGAGGGGGUCCCGUGUGGGCCGUGUAAAUCUGAUGAUUGGUACCCCGAGUUGCUCUGGAGGAAGUGAGAGUAAGGCUGGCCCAGGUAGGUUGCACCCCUGAUAGGGCGAGGUUAAGGUUAAGCGUUCCCCAGAGAGACCUGAACCAUUUAAGGGGGUGGGGUGGGCAGGAUUUCACCCUCCCUGCACUGCCCGGGGCUCACACCAAAAGGCUGGGCCACUUCCUCCCCUCCCUCCCCUCCCCUCCCUUUUAAUUGGAAAUAAAAUUGGAGGCACCAAAGCUCCAGAAAUGCAUUUCUAAGUCAUUCUCCUUUCAGUUUUCCAUCUUUCCUUCCUUUCUUCCUUCCUUCCUUUCUUUCUUUCUUUCUUUCUUGGUAAACUAGAAAAUAAUUAUUUUAAAAUAAAGGAAACAAAACUAAGAAGGUGAUUUAUUUAAAACAGCUACCAUUUUAAAACAAAAAAUCUUACAAAUUUUGGGUAACAUUAGAUUUAACCUUGUCUCCUUCCUCUCCUCCCCCCUUACUUGUGUGUCAGGGGAGAAACAAUUCCUUCAAGGCAUGGAUGCAAAUAUAAAAAUAUA